AUGGAAUGUGAUGAAAGCAAUUGUGGACAACAAAUUUGCAGGGCUGAUAUUUGUAAUAUGAAAAAUAGUGGGGUCGGGUGUUCAAAACAGCUAUGCGAAAAUGCAAAAGUGUGCACAAUGCAUCUGGGAUGUAGCAACGACGACUGUGAACAAUCUUGCAAGGCCACAACAUGUGAUAUGGAAUGUAGCGGAGACAGGUGUACAAAACAGGCAUGCGAAGAUGCAAAAGUGUGCACAAUGCAUCUGGGAUGUAGCAAAGACGAUUGUGAACAAUCUUGCAAGGCCACAACAUGUGAUAUGAAAUGUAGCGGAGGCAGGUGUACAAAACAGCUAUGCGAAAAUGCAAACGUGUGCACAAUGCAUCUGGGAUGUAGCACAGAGGAUUGUGAACAAUCUUGUAAGGCCACAACAUGUGAUAUGGAAUGUAGCGGAGGCAGGUGUACAAAACAGCUAUGCGAAAAUGCAAAAGUGUGCAAUAUGCAUCUGGGAUGUAGCAGAGGGGAUUGUCAACAAUCUUGCAAGGCCACAACAUGUGAUAUGGAAUGUAGCGGAGGCAGGUGUACAAAACAGCUAUGCGAAGAAGCAAAAGUGUGCAAUAUGCACUGUAACGGGGAUAAUUGUGCACAGACGUGCAGAGCUACCACAU